GUCUGUCGUGAAGCAGUAGCCAAGGAACCAUCCAACCUGAAUAGCGCCGCCGCGUUAGCACGACUAUAUAAGAAGAUAUAUGGAAAUAUGGGGAUAUCUAGGGCGAAAUUGAUUGUGCAGCAUUUGAACCCAAGAACUGUAUCCCAACUCAAUACCGCUCAAGGAGGUACACCACCUCCAAGAUCAACAUUGCCGCCACUACUGCCUAAACCUAACACUAAACCGUUAACUCCUGUCAAAAGGUUAACGUCGACUGAGAUACAAGUAAAGAGAGAUAAGGGACUUUGUUAUAUGUGUGAAGAAAAAUUCACACCAACUCAUAGAUGUCCAAAUAGGCAAUAUAUGUUACUCCAAUAUGAAAAUGAGGAAGAGGCGAUAGCUAUGGUAGAAACAGGGGACUCUUCAGAUGCACCAGAAGAAUCGGAUGGGGCACUGGAGCUGCAUCAUUUAUCCUUACAGGCUUUACAAGGAUCCUCGGAUGGUGAAGCAUCUCAAGCUUUCGAUAGAGAAGGUGUCUGAGUUCAAGGUACUUGUUAGUGGGGAAAGCUAUUUACAGGGUAAUAGCAUGGUCAGUGACUUACCAUUGAUAAUUGAUGGGCAAUGCAUCAACAUGUCUGCUUAUGUUCUGGAGGCCACAGGUUAUGACGUGGUCCUUGGGGCUGAGUGGCUAGCAAUACUUGGAGAAUACUUGGUUAACUACAGUACUGCCACAUUGAGAUAUUUGGAAAAUGACCAUUGGGUCACUCUUCAGGCGGAUAGAAAAAUUUUACAUGAAGCUGCACAUUUCAACCAGUUGUUGAGAAUUUAUGAAACGGAAGCCAUAGCUAAAUUAUACACCCUGGAGUGUCAACCUAGUAUUACUGUUAAAGUAGAGUUUGUACUACCUAGAGACAUUCAAUUGGAUCUGGGUACUCUAUUGAUGAAAUAUCAAGAAGUGUUUAAAAUUCCAAAGGGACUAUCCCCUCCUCGUUCACAGACCAUGAGAUCUAUCUUCAACCAGGGAUACCACCUGUAAAAGUCAAGCCCUGUUGGUACCCAUUUAGCCAGAAAAGUCAAAUUGAAAAGAUGGUGAAUGAGAUGCUAGAGGAAGGAAUUUUCAGACCCAGUAAUAAUCGUUAUUCAGCCCCAGUAUUGCUGGUCAAAAAGAAGAAUAGUACUUGGAGAUUCUGUACCGAUUAGAGAGCCUUAAAUGCAAUCACGGUGAAGGAUUCCUUUGCAAUUCCAUCAGUAGGUGAGUUGUUAGAUGAAUUGAGGGGAGCCUGUUAUUUCUCUAAACUGGACCUUCGAUUGGGCUACCAUCAAAUUUUAGUGAGAGAAGAAGACAGAGCCAAGACUGCUUUCAAAACUCCCCAGGGGCAUUAUGAAUGGCUUGUAAUGCGAUUCGGGCUAACGAAUGCUCCUGCCACUUUCCAGUCUCUCAUGAGUGAGGUAUUUCGUUCCUAUUUGUGCCAAUUUGUGUUAGUAUUGUUUAAUGACAUAUUAGUACAUAGUGCUAACUGGUUUGAGCAUAUGGAACAUUUGGAGCUUGUUUUAUCCUGCCUUGUGAAGCAUUACCUGUAUGCUAAAUUUACCAAAUGCUCAUUUGGUCAAAAUAAGAUUCACUACUUAGGGCAGGUAGUUUCUGUUUUGGGAGUAGAGGUUGAUCAGGACAAGAUAGUAGCUGUUCAAAAUCGGCCUGUUCCUCUGAAUGUGACUCAGUUGAGGGGAUUUUUAGGCUUAACUGGGUACUAUAGACGAUUUAUUAAAAAUUAUGCCUCUAUUGUGAGUCCACUGACCAACUUGUUGCAGAAGAAUAAGUUUUCAUGGAGCGAGGAGGCUCAAAAGGCCUUUGAGGAACUUAAAGCUACUCUGAUUCAAGCACCUAUUCUGGUGAUGCUAGAUUUUUCAAAACCCUUUACUGUUGAAACAAAUGCAUCUGGAAGCGGAAUUGGUGCUGUGUUAUCACAAGAAAAUCAUCCUAUAGCUUUUUUUCUAAGAACUUAUCCCCAAGAAUGCAAGCACAAUCUACUUAUAUCCAUAAGUUGUUUGCUAUCACAGAAGCAUUAACUAAGUUCAGACACUACUUACUCGGGCGCUUCUUUAUAAUCCAGACUGACUAGAAAAGCUUGAAGCACCUGUCUGAACAAACUAUCCAAACACCUAGGCAAGAGGCCUGGUUACCUAAGUUACUUGGAUUCAACUAUACCAUUAAGUAUAAACUUGGAAAAUCUAAUCAAGCUACUGAUGCUUUGUCCAGAUUAUUCUACACAGCAGUGACAAUUCCUCAGACAGAAAUGAUUUCAGAAAUUAGAACAGCUGUUGCUAAUUUAGCUAAAACCAAACUUCUACUGAAAAGUUGCAAGAACAACCACAAGAAAUGAUAGAGCACAAGCUGAUUGAUGGCCUGCUUUAUUGGCAAAAUCGAAUGGUUGUACCACAAGAAGCUAAGGAGAUUAUUUUGAAACUGAUAAAUGAGUUUCAUGCGUCUUCUCUUGGAAGACAUUCUGGUUUUGUUCGAACGUACAUGUGCUUAUCGACUUAUUUCUUCUAGCACCGGAUGAGAUGUAAUAUUAAGGAGCUUAUCCGUACUUGUCAAAGAGCUAAGUCAUUACAGAUGCGCCCCUGUAGUUUAUUAAGUCCUUUAACUAUCCCUAAUCAAGUUUGGUAAGAUGUAGCCAUGGACUUCAUAAUGGGCUUACCAAAUUCUAAGGGUUUCUCAGUUAUUAUGGUGGUAGUUGAUCGACUGUCCAAAUAUGGUCACUUCACACCUUUACGGGCUUCUUAUAAUAGCUAUUUGCUGAAGCAUUUGUUCAAUCUGUAGUCAAGCUUCAUGGCAUUCCCAGAUCGAUUGUAUCGAAUAGAGACAAGGUAUUCAUCAGUAAUUUUUGGCAGCAAUUGUUCAAGUUACAAGGAACAACCUUGAAGAUGAGUUCUGCCUACCACCCACAAACAGAUAGGCAGAGUGAAGGCUUAAAUCGCUGUCUGGAAAUGUACCUAAGAUGUCUUGUCUUCCAUGCUCCAAAGACUUGGGUUACAUUCUUACCUUGGGCGGAGUUUUGGUACAACACUUCCUUCCACUCUUCCAUUGGGAUGACGCCAUUCAAAGUGGUCUAUGGUAGGGAACCUCCAUCUGUGUUGAAACUAUCUAAAUGGCAAGAUGUGGCUGUAGAUGUACAAGAUCAGCUACGUGACAGAGAUGCUAUAUUAGAUAUUCUCAAGUUUAAUCUUCAGAAGGCUCAAGCUCGAACAAAACACUUUGCUGACAGAAAAAGGACUGAGGUUCAUCUCAAUAUUGGGGAAUAUGUAUUUGUGAAGCUACAACAUCAUUGCCAACACUUAGUACAGUUGAGGCGAAAUCAAAAAGUCUCCCUCAAAUAUUUUGGCCCUUUUCAAAUUAUAGAGAAGAUUGGGAGUGUUGCUUAUAAACUUCAGUUACCCCUAGCGGCUAAAAUUCAUCCAGUAUUUCAUGUUUCAUUUCUUAAACGCUGUGAAGGUUCCCUGCUGAUAUAUAUAUAUAUAUA